CGUAGGGGCGCAGCCGGGCGCGGCGGCGGGGUCCUCCGGGCGAUGGCCUCGGAGCUGGCGAUGGGCGCCGAGCUGCCCAGCAGCCCUCUGGCCAUCGAGUACGUCAACGACUUCGACCUGAUGAAGUUCGAGGUGAAGAAGGAGCCGCCCGAGGCCGAACGCUUCUGCCACCGCCUGCCGCCCGGCUCGCUGUCCUCGACGCCGCUCAGCACGCCCUGCUCCUCUGUGCCCUCUUCGCCCAGCUUCUGCGCGCCCAGCCCGGGCACCGGCGGCGGCGGCGGCGCAGGGGGCGGCAGCGGCGCGGCGCAGGCCGGGGCAGCCCCGGGGCCGGGGAGCGGGGGCCCUGGCGCCGUCGGGGGCGCCUCGGGAAAGCCGGCGCUGGAGGAUCUGUACUGGAUGAGCGGCUACCAACACCACCUGAACCCAGAGGCUCUCAACCUGACUCCCGAGGACGCGGUGGAGGCGCUCAUCGGCAGCGGCCACCACGCGGGGCACCACGUCGCGCACCACUCAGUGGCCGCUGCGGCCUACGAGGCCUUCCGGGGCCAGGGCUUCGCGGGCGGCGGCGGCGCGGACGACAUGGGCGCCGGCCACCACCACGGCACGCACCACGCCACCCACCACCACCACUCUGCUCACCAUCACCACCACCACCACCACGCCGGCGCGAGCCACCACGCCGGCGUGGGCCACCACGGCAGCAGCAGCGCGAGCCACCACGUGCGCCUGGAGGAGCGCUUCUCCGACGACCAGCUGGUGUCCAUGUCGGUGCGCGAGCUGAACCGGCAGCUCCGCGGCUUCAGUAAGGAGGAGGUCAUCCGACUGAAGCAGAAGCGGCGCACGCUCAAGAACCGCGGCUACGCGCAGUCGUGCCGCUUCAAGCGGGUGCAGCAGCGGCACAUUCUGGAGAGCGAGAAGUGCCAGCUCCAGAGCCAGGUGGAGCAGCUGAAGCUGGAGGUGGGGCGCCUGGCCAAGGAGCGGGACCUGUACAAGGAGAAAUACGAGAAGCUGGCUGGCCGGGGUGGCCCCGGGGGCGCGGGCGGGGCCGGCUUCCCGCGGGAGUCCUCGCCGCCGCAGGCCGGCCCCGGCGGGGCUAAGGGCGCGCCCGACUUCUUCCUGUGAGCGCCGGACCCCGAGCCCGCGCCGCCGGCGGGAACGGACUUGCUCAGGCCGCCCGGGGCCUCGGCUCGGACUCUGCGGCCCAGGACGAGGACGCAACUCCCGGCCGAGCCGCUGCCUGCGCGCGCGGGCCUCCGCGUUAACACCUCCGCCUCCCGCCGGGCAGGCCCCGCGCGCCCUGCUGCAACGUCUGCAGGCGCCGACUGGAGGCCCGUUCCCGCGGCGCGUCCUCCUCGCUCCCGGCCCGCGCACCUUUCCGGGUCGCGGUCCUGACGCUGCCACAACUCCUCUGCGCGGAACGCGGCGAUUCCCAGCAAAGUUGCGCCAGAUCGAAGUCCUUCGUGGCGUCCGCUUGUACAUACGCAGAGCGCGGUUUUGCCCCUGACCCGGCCCGGCCCAGCCCGCCGAGGGCGCCGCCGCCGUCCCUCCCCGGCAGCCUCUGCCGCCCCGCGCUCCUGCUUUUUCUCUUUCGGCCUCCCUACCCUGCCCUUUUCUACUCCUCCUUUCCAAAGCGGUGUUGUUUUCGAAGUAUUUAUAUUUAUUUUGCUCGGUGAUUAUAUAAGAAAACCCCGGAGGAAGUUGCCUCCUUCCGAGCCGGGGUCGCCCUCGGCUGUCCGCGUGUCCCAGCAUGUGUUGCUCGCUUGAAGGGGCCCGGCCCCUGCUUGCCCGCCUGCCCGCCUGCCCCCAACCCUGCCGCCGGCGUCCCAUAGAGAUUGAAGCCGAGGAGUAUUAUCUAUGCUGUGUUCAGUCCUGCUGCCCUACUGUACUCGACGGGGGCGGGGGCUGGCCCGGACUCCGUGCUGCUAUUUCUCUAUGCACCAGAUCGUAUUUAUGACUCCUGGGAAAAUAUAUCUUAUUUUAACCCUCAAGAGAAGUGAAAAGGGAAAAAAUAGUAAUGCACAGUAUUUCUAGCGGAAAACAAAAAUUUUUUAAAGAGGAGGUUUUCGCUUGAAUCUCCUGGCAUGGGGGCGGGUGGAGAAAGUGUUUUUAUUUUAGUUUAAAAUAUGUUUCGUUUUGUUUGUGGAUUCGUUUUUUUAAAGCCUGAUCGAAUUUUGGACUAGGCGGGAGAGAGUGUGGGGAGGCUGGUGCUCCGGCCCCUGCAGGUCCCGGUCCCGGACUACAGCCGCUCCUGCUGAGCGCAGGAGACUCGCCAGCUUGCGGGAAGUUUUGUUGCGUUGUUGGGUUUUGUUGGGUUCCUUUUUCAUUUGCUACGAAACUGAGGAAAGAAAAAAAACACAAAAAAUAAAUCUGUUUAA